GUGUUUUUCCUAAGCAACCAUCAUGAGCACAGACGACACAGAGAUGCUGAUCGCCCUCGUAUACAGCUUACUGCAAUCAAACUCCAGGCAAUCUGAGGAGGCAGUCUUGGACGCAUUGGUGCAACACAAUGGCAAUGUAGAGGCUGCUGCCCAAUACUUGAACAAUCGAGGGAAGAAGAGAAAAAGGACGAAUGAUUUGACAUCAUGGCUUGGAAACAAACCCAACAAAAUUGUCAAGCGAGACGACGAAGACGACAUGACUCUGACGCGAAAGUCGCCCUCCACCUCAAAACCGUCAAGUUCGUCCAAGAAACCUGCAGUAAAUCUCAUGACCGUCCUCCGACAAGCUCCGCCGUCACCAUCCAAGAAGCCUGUGUCGCCGCCUCCUCUCUUACUGUCAAAUCCGGCUAUGGUAGAGCAGCACAGUCCCUGUACCAUGCAUCUCUCCGUUCUGCCACACGAGUUAGCCUGUCGGCUCUUUUACACCAUGGUUGAUGCUUCACGGGGAUGGGGGCGCAAUAAAUGGUGGCUCUUUGAUAGACUCGUAGAAAGCCCACAUCGGACGUCUUUUUUUGCGCGAGAGAACGGUGCAGAAGGGAGCGCCGAUGCCUGGCAAGAGGCGGCGCGGUUCUGGUAUAAUGGUCGAAUGACGGAACCUCCGCUUGAGUUUCCUGCCUCUAUGGAAGAGGCGUGUGUCAUUGUUGAACGCCUCGUCAAUGAGGAACUACGGAAGCGACAACGAUUUCCUCUUGAGUGGGCUGGCCAACCUGGAUUAGAAUAUAUCUGGCGAGCAAAUGUCGCUGCAUCGAACUGCUAUGAAGGUGCAAAAGAGUGUGUUGGGCCCCAUUCGGACCAGAUGACUUAUUUGGGACCGUAUUGCACAAUAGCUUCUCUUAGCCUUGGUGCGCGGAGGAUUUUCAGCUUGCGAGAAGUUAUCCCCAAGCAAGAAAAAGAAACGCGAAGCGCUCAGACGUUCAAUAUUCCUCUUCCUCACAAUUCCCUCACAAUCAUGCACGCAUCGUGCCAAGAGCGCUUCAAACAUUCUAUCCCUCCGCAAUCUUCCAUGGACCUCUACCGACCCUCCCACCCUCGCGUCCCAAAUGACACCUCCAAUUGCCGGAUCAACAUAACCUUCAGGUUCUACCGCCCGGACUUUCACCCGUCCAGCAUCCCUCGGUGUAAAUGCGAUGUACCGACAAUCUUAAGACCGGAUAUGAAGAAUAGGACGGAUGGGAAAACGGAUAAAUAUUGGUGGACAUGUUAUGCCGGAGCCCAGAAUGAAGGCAAAGGAUGUGAUUUUUGGAACAUAAUGGAUAUGGAGAAGGAAGGAAGAGGACCUGUAGUGGGCGAAACAACCGUCUAGCUUGAUUGUCGCCGAACUAUGUAACGAUGGAAACUUAAGAGAACUGCACUGAAAGAAAGAUACACGAG